GGUCAAGUCCAAGGCCAGCCACGAGUUUGACAGUAGUUAAAGAUUCAGGCAAGUCCAUCUUGUUUGCCAGAAAUAAGAUUGGUAAUUUACGGCCUGCAAUUAACCGAACGAUACCGGUAAACGAAAACGUGUACACAUUGGCAAUAAAGUUAGAAAUAGAAAGAAGAUAUCUUGUAAAGCAUCUUGUAAAACAUGGAUUCGGAUAGCGCGUCGAAAAGUAUCGAGAAUAAUGAAAAUUAUUCGCAAAAGAAAAAAGAAGCCAUGGACGAAAUGAAACCUAUAUUAAAAAAACAGAUAGCUGGAUUGAAGUCUAUAAUUUCGCAGAUGGAGUCGAAUUUGGGCAUAGUAAAAUUUAGCCAGGUCAAAUGCGACUUCCCUCUGGAUACUUUAAAGGUUACAGAGACACAAGUCCAGGAUAUAAAUAUAUUAUUAGAACAUCAAUUGCGUGAAUUGUCUGGAUUCUCGUGUGCCAAGUUCACGCGAGACGAACACGUCUUUCACCUCUCGUGUUCGAAUAAAUCUAGUAAGAAAGACAUGUAUGCUGUGCAAAUCAUAAAUACGAAAGGCAAAUGGUCUUUAGGAAAGUGGACAAUGCCUAUGGGCAUUGAUCUGGAUUACUUGGUGUCUCAGAAUCCGAUUAAUGAAGUCAAAAAUAUACCUAGGUUCCUGAAACUUUGCAAACUGCACCUAGAUGCUUAUUGUAUGAGGCACGAACAGUACAUUGCACUGAAGGAUAUUGUUUCUCGUACAAAAAAUUGCAAAUUGCAAUCAUCUUUAGGAUACAGACACAUCAUUCUAGAACUGAGGGGAAUAUAUAAUCAAGAGACUGAUAAUUUUAUGAACAUCAGUGUAUAUCUCUUCUACAAUUCUGAUAAUCUUCUGCCACACAAAAUAGAGAUCGAGUCCUCGUUAAACAGUAAAUUAGAUGAGAAGAUCGCGAAACGUUUUAAGAAAUCUUUACGUUGCUUCCAAGAGUUUAUGUUGCAAGUAGCAUUUGAUAAAAUGUCGAUUAUGGAACCAUUCGUAUGGACUAAAGAAGAAGAUAUCGACAGCCCACUAGCAUGUGACAUGUUAAGUAGUUUAGAAGAAGAGGGAUUACUGGCACAUUUCUCAGUGAAGCAAAAGAAAUCUUCUAUAUCUAGAAAGAAGAAAAACGAGAUAAACAGGGACAAAAGUAAACGAGAGGUAAGUAAUGUUUCAAAUGAGAACAGACCUGUUACUUCUCAAAAUGAACAGGAAGAAUCGCAGAAUGAGAAAAUCCAUUCUGAAAAUGCAAAGCCUGUCGUCGUCGUAAAUCCUACAGUUAGCAACUUGAAAGGAAUUAAAUUCAAACAGAUAAAGAUUCAGUUUCCAACUAAAUCGAAAUCGCCUAAGACUAAGAAUAAUAGUAGUAAUGAGAAUAAUACCUCAUCGUUAAACGUAGUAGUGGCCAAGAAUAAAAAAAUAGAUGAACAAAGUAAAUUAUGUACCAGUACUCCGUUAAGAUCGAAUAGAUUACGACAUGAUAGAUCAGCUAAUAUUGAUAUUAGUGAUAUUACACUAAGUGAAAUUAAUUCAAAUGCGGUAAAAAGAAGUGAACUAAAAGAACAGGCUCAGAAUAAUGCACCUGAAGAGCUGGUACAGAGUAAGAAUAAUACGAAGAAAAGAAAGAUAAAUUCCCGUGCCGUAUCAAAGUCGAAAGGUUUGAAAAGAAAGAAAAAAGUUUAAAUAUUCAUCGCCCUUUUUCAGUAUUUUUGUUCUUAUCUACGUGUAUAUAUUUGCUGUUUAAAACUAACUGUAAAUGUCGCAUCGUAUAUCGUAAUUCUGUACAGUAACCGGUUGGUGCUUGGGCAGGUCAGCAGGUGCAAGUAACAACGUAGAAAUAUUGCUGUAAGCACGUCAAUUGAGGAUCGAACGUUAUUCGAUCGUCACUCUUUAACUUACA